AUGGCAAUGGCCGAGAAGCCUCGCCCUCAUGCGGUAUGUGUUCCGUUCCCAGCUCAAGGCCACAUAAACCCCAUGAUGAAAUUAGCAAAGCUCCUCCACCAUAAAGGUUUUCACAUCACCUUCGUUAACACAGAGUUCAAUCAUCAACGCCUGCUGAAAUCCAGAGGUCCCAACUCCCUUCGUGGUCUACCCUCCUUCCAAUUCGAAACCAUUGCAGACGGCCUCCCUCCAUCAGAUAUCGAUGCCACCCAAGAUGUCCCGUCCCUCUGCGCCUCCACCCACAACGACUGCCUAGCUCCCUUCCGAGACCUCCUCGCCAAACUUAACGACACUUCUUCAUCCAAAGUCCCUCCAGUAACUUGCAUAGUUUCAGAUGGUAUCAUGAGCUUCACUCUCAAGGCUGCUGAAGAACUAGGCAUUCCUGAAGUAUUUUUCUGGACAACCAGUGCUUGUGGCUUCAUGGGUUACGUGCAGUAUCGCCAUCUCAUUGAUAGAGGUUUUUUCCCACUAAAAGAUGAGAGUUGUCUAACAAAUGGGCACUUGGACACUGUCGUAGACUGGAUACCAGCUAUGAAAGGCGUGCGUUUGAGGGAUUUACCAAGCUUUAUUAGAACAACAAACCCAGAUGAUAUUGUGGUGAAUUUUGCCAUGGGAGAAGUUGAGAGAGCCAAUGAUGCUUCUGCUAUCCUCUUAAAUACGUUUGAUGAAUUAGAGCAUGAGGUUCUGCAGGCACUUUCAACCAUGUUUCCUCCUAUUUACACCAUCGGUCCCCUACAGCUAUUGCUGAAUCAGAUGCCAGACAAUGAUUUAAAGUCUAUAGAAUCGAACUUAUGGAAAGAAGAACCAGGGUGUCUUGAGUGGCUCGACGCUAAAGAACCUGAGUCUGUUGUGUACGUGAAUUUUGGCAGUGUCACAGUCAUGACACCCCAACAACUGGUUGAAUUUGCUUGGGGUCUUGCUAAUGCCAAUCUGAAAUUUUUGUGGAUAAUCAGGCCAGAUCUUGUUGCCGGAGAUGCUGCCAUUCUUCCAGCAGAUUUCGUGGCACAGACAAAAGAAAGGAGUUUGUUAGCAAGUUGGUGCCCUCAAGAACGAGUUCUCACACACCCUGCAAUUGGAGGGUUUUUAACACACAGCGGCUGGAAUUCCACAAUUGAAGGCUUGUGCGGCGGGGUACCCAUGAUCUGUUGGCCCUUCUUUGCAGAGCAGAUGACCAACUGCAGAUAUUGUUGCACAGAGUGGGGCGUAGGCAUGGAGAUAGGCAAUGAUGUUACGAGAGAUGAAGUUGAGAGCCUUGUGAGAGGUUUGAUGGAAGGAGAGAAAGGUAAAGAGAUGAAGAAGAAAGCAAUGGAAUGGAAAAGGAUGGCAGAAGCAGCCACUACCACUCCGGCUGGUUCAUCUUACUCAAAUCUGGACAAAAUGAUUAACCAAGUGCUUCUCUCCAAAUCACCAUGUUAA